UUGUCUCUCUUCAAAAAAAAAAACGUUUUUCUCUCUUCAAAAAAAAAUUUUUUUUCUCUCUUCAAAAAAAAAUUUUUUUUUUUCUCUCUUCAAAAAAAUGCAUGCGGUACCAACCUUGGACACCAAGUGCCACUUAUCAGUAAACAUGUAAUCGUAUGCUUUUAAUGCUUUCUCUGUUGCUAUAUAGCUGAAUAAUACAUUUAUUAUUUAUUUAAGGGUUUGCAAACCUUAAUCAAGACAAAAUCAGGUUACAUAUGUUGUAUGAUAUGGCAUUCGUUGUCGUGUAACAACUGGAGUUAUUUUUUUGUUUGAAAUUGUUGGUCUUUCUAAACCAUCUAUGCCGUUUGCUCAGUGUUACAUGGUGGAAGAGAAGGAAUUUAUUGAGGAAAACGGGAAACAUGGGGAAAUUAUUAUUAUGUCUGUCCUUUUGAAGUGUUAGGGGUACAUCUGGUAAUGUUAAUAUUGUUGUAAGUAAUCUAAUUUCUAAACGAAAAGAUCAUUUAUAAAUUAAAUCCUCGUGACUGAACGGGAUGUCAUGUGAAGACUUUCAUGGUGGAAUUUAAUUAUAAUAUAUUUUAAUAUAACAAGUUAUCUAUGCAUUUGAAACACACUGUCUACUGCAGAAGUGAAGAGUUCCAGAUGAAGAAUGUCAAAUAAAUAUCCAAGUAUUGUUGGUCUGUCUAAACAUGAGCUAGACAGUUACGCCGAUAUAACAUGCUGAUCCCAAACAAAUUGGUUAGAGGUGAGGAACCCCGGGUUCCGCGGGGGGGGAAGAAUAGUAGGUUAUAGCACCGGAUGUGGGACACAGCAUUUGUAGAACACAUCAACAGCGGCCGCCGAAACCUCGAGUUCAACCCCGAAGUCGCAAACAACUUCUCCCAAUUUACUCAUGGCGUUUUCGCAAUAACAGCCUGGCACGGCAGCUCCGGCAAAAAAAUUAGCAGUACCAAACCCCCCCCCGAACAACAGAAAUCAUUAUACAUUUAUAGAUUCAUGCCCAUACUGCUAAUACAAAACAGGUGUGUGUAGCCUACUAUUCUUCCCCCGGCGGAACCCGGGGAGCGAUACUAUUAAAAGAGAGAAAGAAAAACAAAUUUGAAGAGAGAGUGAGAAAAACAAAAUUUUUUGAAGAGAGAAAAAAAAGUGUUUGAAGAGAGAAUUUUUUUAAAGACAGGCUCACGAAGGAACUGAGACACUAUAUAUUUUUUUUCCACCGUUAUUUUUUUUUUUCCCACCUUGCGGUUCAGAGCUUCCGUAUGUACCAGAUGAAGGGUACGAGGAUUUUUGUACAUUUUUUUUUUUUUUUUCAGACAAUUGACAAUUUCAAAUAUAUUUUCUAAAUAAUUUGCAAAAAAGAGUCAAGCCAUUUCAUAUGAUUAAAGGUUAGGUUAUAGAAUGAUACCUUUUCAUUUUUGUUUUCGCUAUUUGAAAGCUUUUUCAUGACUAAAAAAGUCAAGGAACAUGUUUGUCAACAUAUUUUGAUAUUGACCCAAAUGUUGUCAGAAAUAACCUAUUUUGUGUCUUUACACAAGGGGGCGCUAUACGGCUCAUAAAACGGAAUCCUCCAUUGAUCUGCAUUCAAAUCAGUUUUACAUCUCAUAUAAUUUUUUCACUCUGGAGAGAAAUUUUUAAUUAAAACUGAUAGUUGCAAAGAUUCAUAUUUGUUAAAUCCGCCACAGCAGUAUCUAUAAAAUAUAUUAUUUUUAAAUCCUCCAGUAACAGUUGAUUGUGAUUGGCCCAUUCUAACAGCGCUGCCAAAAGCAACGGUGCCACGUGACAGCGCCGUCUAUGCACGGUCUGUCUUUGUGUUUUCCCGAAAAUAAAAAAUACAUUUCAUUUAUUAAAUGAUUUAAGCAACGUAUUUUAUGAUGUUCUGUAAUUCAAGAACUUUUUAAGCACCUCUUGGUAAAAAAUUGCUAUUUUCAAAGGUUUUCCAGGACUUACAUUUGAAAAAGCCAAAUUCAAGUUCUUCAAGCACUAUGUACGAACCUUGGUAUUAACAAUGGAAAAAAAAGGAAGAUAUUUUGGGGUCAGUCUUAUUGUCUUUCAGAUGCUUAGAAUGCUUUUGAACCAAAGUGGCAAAGGGCAUUUAAUGAAAUGGUCAAUUUCAAAGUGAAUAUUUAACCGUGUCUACACAAUACACACAACAUUGCAACCAGUUUUUGUAUAAUACAACUUCGUGUGUUGUUUAGUAAAGUUAGGUUUAUGUAAUGUUGUGUAGCUGCUCUAGAGAGCUUGUGUAGCCUACAUAGUUCAAGAUUGGUAUUUUAAGUUUUCCAAGGUUAUUAUCAAGCACAUUUUCGGCAAUAACCUAUACACGUUACAUUAAACUCGUAAUCAGUUAAAAAUCGUUGCUUGAACAAGCCGACAUCUUGGGCUUUAGACUUGGUAACUGAGCCUCGGUUGCUCAUUUAUAAGAGAGAGAGAGAGAGAUAAAUAAAUAGAGAUUUGGCGCCCUCUAUCGGCAAGCUGAAGAACGCCAGAGAACAUAACGGGGACAGUUGAAGGGCAAAAUUAUAUUUCGGUAAAAUAUAUGAUUUGGCGUCAGCCAAACAGGCGGUCAACCAUUUUAUUUAUAUGCAGUUUAAUUUUUAAAACUUCUUUUCCGAAAAUACAAAAAGUCUGUUUCAUAUGUAUAAGGAUUCAUUUAAUAAUUAAUGCUGUCUAUUUUUAUAAACACAAAUGUUCUUUUCUUUAUUUGAAGACUAAGUUUUCUCGCGUUCUUGUUAUUAAGGUUCUAUACGGCGUGAAUCAACGCAUAGGCAACACGAUUCAUUUCUUCUGUUUUAUUGGGGCUAGUUACUGUUUAACAUCUCCACCCAGCUUUCAGUUUGUUUAGUAAAUCGAUCUAAUGAGGCUCCCCCAACACCACCAAAUGUAUUAACCAAUGUCAGGCUUAUGACAUGUUAAAUUCUUCAUGUACUUGCAUUUGCUCUCUGUAAUAGCCUAAACUUUUAUUUUAGCGUAAUAUUUUUGACACAUGUUCGUUUGGGUUUUGCUGUAUCAAUGCAAAUCGGUGUUGGACGGGGAGAAGAAACCAUGCCGACAGAGCCAAGCAUCAGUCAAGGAGAUAACGGCGUGAGCUCCAACUGCGCAAUCUGUGGCGACAAAGCCACAGGUAAACAUUAUGGUGCCUCCAGCUGUGAUGGCUGCAAAGGUUUCUUCCGCAGGAGCAUCAGAAAGAGUCAUGUCUACUCCUGCAGGUUCAGUCGUCAGUGUGUUGUUGACAAAGAUAAAAGGAACCAGUGUCGUUUUUGCAGACUUCACAAAUGCUUUCGAGCUGGAAUGAAGAAAGAAGCUGUGCAGAAUGAGCGAGACCGUAUCAGUUCGAGAAGGAACAUGCAAGAUUCACAUGACCUGCCGCCUAUCACUGCUCUCGCUCAUGCAGAAGCUCUCUCACAACAGCAGAUCAGUGCUGCCAGCCCAAUGGACCCUGCUGAUGUUUCAGAGAAAAAAUCAGCCACUAUCAGUGACAUCUGUGAGUCUAUGAAGCAACAGCUGCUUGUUCUGGUAGAGUGGGCUAAAUACAUCCCAGCCUUCGGCGAAUUGCCACUUGAUGAUCAGGUUAGUUUAUUACGAGCACAUGCUGGGGAGCAUCUUCUACUUGGUGUUGCUAAGAGGUCAAUAGCAUACAAAGACAUCCUGCUUCUAGGUAAUGGGUGUGUUAUACAUCGAAGCUGCCCUGAGCCAGAGAUAGGUCGGGUGGCUAACCGUGUCUUGGAUGAACUGGUUUUACCCUUUCAGGACAUCCAAAUUGACGACAAUGAAUAUGCAGCUCUAAAGGCCAUUGUGUUCUUUGACCCUGAUGCCAAAAGCUUAAGAGAUCCCUCUAAAAUAAAGGCAAUGCGCUAUCAGGUUCAAAUGAGCCUGGAAGACUACAUUAAUGACCGGCAAUAUGACUCACGUGGGCGAUUUGGAGAGCUUUUGCUACUGCUUCCCACUCUGCAAAGCAUCACCUGGCAGAUGAUUGAGCAGCUGCAGUUUAUCAAGCUUUUUGGCCUGGCCAAGAUAGAUAACCUGCUGCAGGAGAUGCUUCUUGGGGGUCUAUCCACAGAGCAGCCUCACUUACAUCACAAUGGUCACCCUCAGGUUCCAAUAACAGGGCAGACCAUAGUCAUUAGCUCCAUACCAGUGCCUGGACACUCACAGCAGUUGGCUUGUCCAGAUACCCCCAUUCCAUCUCCCACUCCAGUACAGAACCAGGAGGUCUACAAGCCUUCCAGCAGCCCAACUCUCCUGCUACCACCACAGCCCAUGCCAAACAGACCCUCUCCUGAGCCUCCCCUAUGAGCCUCCACCAAUCUCCAUCUCUGUAGUGCAGGGUUACUACAGCCCUGUGUGUUUGUAUAUGUGUAAAUUGUGUGAGCUACAUCCCUUCUUAUUUUUUGGAUCUUCAUGUUCCACUGAAACUAAUUCCAAAUGCAUUUUCAAAGUGGACUACCACCAAUUGAAAAUUAUUGUAUUUCACUCCACAUCUGUCAUUGUGGCAAACUUUGAGUGUUCUCAAGGUUUCUCUUUUUAUCAUCCUAUGACUGGUUAUCUAAUAAGUGUAGACAAUAUUAGUUUAUUAAUAACAAAGUUUUUGUAUAAAUAAAAAUAUUUAAUUUAUUAACAAAAUUAUGCAAUACGUUACAACUCUGAAGGGAUGUUAAAUCGGUUUUUGCUUGAAAAUGUGCACUUAAACACAAUAAGUAAAUAAAUACUGAACAUGA